CCUUUUGUUUCGUUUCAUUACCCUAUCACCAAGUGCCCACUUUUCUGGACACAAAUAAUCAAACUUCCAUUGCUCUCUUUUCUAGAUCUCUCUUAGCUUUCUUCUUCCCAUGAAUAACCCUCUCUAUCCAUCAUCAUCUUCCUUUGUGGAAAAACAAAAACAAGAAGAACAAGAAGAUCCCAACCUUAAACUCUAUAUUUUCUCUUCUUCUUCUUCAUCUAAUACAUCUUCACAACUUGCUUUUUCCACUUGCUUUAGUACUAAUACUCCCACUACUACUACUACUCAACAUCAUCAUCAUCAAACAGUAAAUCUUCAUCUUCACCAUCAUCUUCUCCAACAAUCUCACCACCAACUUCUUCUUCACCAUCACCAGGAUGAAAAAUUCAGUGGUGGAUCAAGGGAAGAAGAGAGUGAAGUGAUAUUAUCAUCAUCUAGCAUGAAGGAGGGGUGUGAAUCAAGAUUAUUAGAGAAACAAGUAGAGGAGGAUGAUGAUAAUGAUCACCAUCAAAUUAUGAUGAAGAAACAAGAUGAUCAUAGUGGAUCAACAAAAUAUUGGAUGUCUUCAAAGAUGAGAUUGAUGCAAAAGAUGAUGAUAAACACAAACCAUAAUUAUAAGACGAAAGUCAUUAUCAAUGGUACUGAUCAUGGUGGUGCAAAUAAUUCAGAUCAUCAUCAAAAAGCUACAAGAAAUUACAACAGUAAUAAUGAAGGAAACGGUGGAAAAUGGGAAACGAUGACGGGCAAAUCAUCAUCAUCAUCAAUAUCUUGUAAUUCUUCAAAUAUUGGAUCAGUACAAAACAAUGGUGUUAGGGUUUGCAGUGACUGUAACACUACAACCACUCCUCUUUGGCGCAGUGGUCCUCAAGGCCCUAAGUCGCUAUGUAAUGCUUGUGGGAUUCGGCAAAGGAAAGCAAGGCGAGCGAUGGCGGAUUUAGCUGCAAACAGCAGUAGGGGGUUGGUUGCUGAAACGACGGAGGCAGCGGCGUCGGGGAAGAAAGAGAAGCACAAGGAGAAGAAAUCGAGGUUGAGCUGUGAAGGAGAUAACAAUAAUGGUGGGAAUAAUAAUGUUGGUGAUCAUGCGAAGAUCAACGACAAGUACUGCAAUAAAAAUACUGAUGAUCAUAUAUCAAAUAACAAUAAUUUGAAGUCUAAAAGUGAAAUAGGGAUGAUGAAUAAUGAGGUUUCAUUUGAUACUACUCAUAAUUUCACAUUACGUUUGAGCAAAACUACUUCUACUACUACUACUACUAGUGGCCCUUCGGCUUUUGGGAAAGUGUUUCCAAGAGAUGAGGAAGAAGCUGCCAUUCUUUUGAUGGAACUUUCUUGUGGCCUUCUUCACACUUGUUGAGACACAUCUUUUUUUUUUUCUUUUUUUCUCUUUUUUGCUUGAGAAAUAAAAUUCAAUGAUUGAAUCUUUAA